AUGCCGGAUCGCGACAUUGUCCAAAGGGUUCCAAGCUCAGAUACCAACUCCGCACGGUAGCAAGUCGAUACGGCAGCUGACGCUGUCUGCCUGGUUCGCCCCUUUCGUGUCGGACCCAUGUGUGCUUGGGCGUCGUAGUUCGGGCUGGUACAGCGCCGAUGCGGUAGCCCGCCUAGCCAAUCACAAACAUCAAAACAAAAGAGAAUCAUCUACUUCAUUUGUCAAACCGAAGUGGAGGUGUCCUUUCGCGAUAUUCAUCGACACACCGGCGACGCACUAGUCCCUUGAGGGUAUCCUUCGUCCUGCAUUACUGGAUGAUCGUUCGUUAGCUGUAGUCGGCCGGUCUGGUGUUAAUAGACUUCUUUUCUUUGGUUGACUUCAUUUGACUUUUGUCGGUUCGGGAGACGUAGUCAUUGUCAUAGGUGGCUGCUGCGUAUCUUAGGUGACCACUCAGCCAUCACAUAACCGCGUCCUUAACGGGUUUAGCAGUGUUUUAUACAGCAGUAGCUGCGCCAAAUCUCCAAAUUCCUCCCUGAGAGCAAUGUCACCGCCGGUCCCCAGCUGUCUGUUCAUCCCACCGUAACGCCCAUAGAGUUCACGGUUGGUCCCCUCUGAAAUCCCAUCCAAUAUCUACCACCCGUGGACGCGCCAGAAGAUCAUCAGAUAGGUUGACUGGAAUCUGUACAAUGUCUGAUGCAAAGGUGAACAAGAUAGUAUGUUUUCUGCCGUAAAUUUAUCUUUAUCGUCUUUUACGUAUGUUGUUGACGUUUCUUUCCGUCAUCUAUUUUGUCGUCAGAAAUGAGACGUAACGAAAGUUUAAAUCAAUUUGAAUAGCAAGGAAGUUAAGUAAGAGGAAUGCACACGAACGGUAAAAAACUGAUCUCCAGACGUCCAUGUGUAUCGCUCAAUGUAGUCCAGGAAUGCUGACCGCACAAGAAGCAAAUGGGUACACUGCUCUCAUGAUUACUGAACGGGAUACUGCGGGACCUAUCAAAGUUAAGAAAUGCGCAACUUGUUCUUUUAAUUACACAAGGGACCUUCAAGGUCAUAUUAACGCCUGGUGGAAAAAAGUGGGUAAUGGGCCGCUUUUCUAAGAAGAUCAGGAAAAUCAGGGAUUCGGAAAAAGAGCUGGUUGAAUGAAUCAAGGGCCAGUGGUAUACGAUGGUUACAGUGAGAAAAAACAAGUGUUUACCAUCAGAUUCCCAGGGAGUUAUUGAGAUGAAGUGGGUUUUGCAUACACUACCUUUUUGUGGCAAUAAUGCGGAUGCCAAACAUGUAUACAUACCGUGAAGAAGGGUCUUGAACAAAUGCGGUUAAACGACGGGAAGACUGCUUGGAGUGCGGUGAGUGAAUAGAAACCACAAACAAACCCACCUAGAUCGAUCUGUGUGACGACAUUUGCCACAUUAACCUUAAUCUCCAUCUUCUGAGUUAUAGGCAGUUGCGCGGAGACUUGAUACAAACUUUCCGUAUCGUGCGUGGCUUGGACUGCGGCCUUCGGUGCGAUGACUUUUUCCAACUCGCCACAACAACUAACCUCCGGGGACAUCCCUUCAAGCUACGUGUGCCCCAGGGUCGAUUGAAUGUGAGAAAAUAUUUCUUCUCCAACCGUGUCGUGGAACCGUGAAAUAAUCUGCCUGAGACGGUUGUCAUGUCUCAAUCUGUGGCGACAUUUAAAUGUAGGCUUGGCAGACAUAUGCUACAGCAACAAGCGGGCUAUGUGACUUUUUAGCCAUGUGACCAGUGACAUAUGUGAAUCAAUGCCUGCAUACACUUACUGCUGUAAUUUCUUCACAUUUUUGUGUAUUUAUCGAUUUUUUUAUGUACAAAUAGGGAGUUCAAAGGCGUAAGCCUAUUUCCCUCAAAUACACUGACUGACUGACAUUACUCCCAAAUGAGUGAAGUUAUUUGCGUCGAUGAGCCACUGUUUCGACUGAGGAGAGUUGACGGACGAGUUCAGCCUUUUUGGAUUUACAGUUCGCUGAAGCAUUACGUGUCUUGCCUAGGUAAGGUGCUGGGGGUUCCGUAAGUUCUUGAACAUAUAUCUGCUGUUCCGAAAAGAAUAGCCUGGUUUUAUCUUGACAUACGCUUUGCACUUCGACAAUCUGUGACCCCUUACGAACACCAAUCUCCUUUAUUCCGAGUCCUCGACAUAGUCAUGUUAUUAGAAAAGACGAGCUUCGGCCAGAAGUGUAAGAAUCUGGGCACACUAAUCUGUCAAUAACUCUCUCGGCCCUCCAAUUCACUUAAAUGACAGAUUAGAUUAUGGAGAUGCCCUUCUUCGUCAAACUCUCAUUUAUCAACCUCCUACCCUUCUCAGUUUUCCAUUACCUCUCUCUUACUUGCAAGCACAGACAGCGAAUCUUGAACAAGAUUUAGCCUCUCUUCUGCACCAGGCUACAACCCCGCUCCUCUUCCUCCUCCUCCUCCUCCUCCUCCUCCUCCUCCUCCUCCACCACCACCACCACCACCAGCACCAGCACCCCCGACCCCCUCGUUGUGACCGUCGUGGCGACAACGGCUGAACAGUCUUGCUCACUGACUUCAUGCACUGCAUAUGUUUCGGCCUUCGGCUUAUCCUCACCGUGA